GUGCCAGAGAGGGGCCCUUGCAGAGACGGAAGAUUAUUGCGACUGCAGUGUUGCGCGAGGAAAUGAAUUUAAUACUGGAGCUCGUCCGGGCUUUGUUGCGGACCAACGCCAUCUUUCAACUCGCCGUGCGAAACCAUGGGCUUCGUGGAUGAUAUUUGGAGCCGGGCGACUCUGCUCAAUUUCGCCCUAGGCACGCUGGCCUACGUCGCGCUGCGCUUCCUCUAUCAGAUUGUCUAUUACCGAUUCUUCCACCCGCUCUCGGUCUUCCCAGGACCUUUCUGGGGUACCGUCACUCGACUUUGGAUCACUUGGCACAACUUGAAUGAAACGGAACUGCCGAUCGUCUCUGCGUUGACGAAGAAAUACGGCCCGGUCGUUCGAAUCACGCCCACUCUCCUCCUAGUCAGCGACCCCAAGAAGCUGCCCGAAAUUUACCACCGCAAUGCCGACAAGACUGCACAUUAUAUCACGGGGACAUUUGGUGAAACCGAGUCGCUGUUUAACAUGCGAUCCCACAAGACCCAUGCUGCGUUUCGCAAGCAUAUCGCGGGGCCGUAUAGUUUCAGCAACGUGAAGAAGAUGGAGCCGUUGGUUGACAUGCGCAUCCGAGACUGGCUUCAGAAGAUGAACGAAAAUUUUGUCAAGACGGGAAAUAGCUUUGAUUUCUCAUGGUGGGCCGUAUACUUCGCCUACGACGUCAUCAGCGAAAUGGGCUUCGGCGCUCCCUUCGGCUUCAUCGAAAAAGGCGAAGACGUCGGAGGCCUCAUCCAAGGAUUCCAUGAUGGCUUGCCCGCAUUCGGCUUCCUGGCCCGUCUGCACCCCUUCACUACCUGGAUCAAGACGACCUUCUUGAAGAAAUACAUCGUGGCAACUCCGCAGGAUGACUCGGGCAUCGGCGUUCUGAUGCGCUUUCGCGACAAGCUGAUCAGUCAACGCCUCCAGGACAUCGAGCAGGGCAAGGAUAUCGGACGAGUGGAUCUGCUGCAGACUUUCGUCGAGGCUCGCACUGAAGACGGGCAGCCGUUGGACUUGGAGUAUCUCAAGGCCGAAGUUCUGCUGGUGUUGCUCGCCGGUGCCGACACCACGGGCACCGUCAUCCAGGCCCUUGUUCAGUAUCUGCUCGCCAACCCGGGGAUCUACGAUCGCAUGAUGGCCGAAAUCGACGAGGUGGCGCGCAAGGGCCUUCUCAGCGACCCGGUCCCGCAAUAUGACGAGGUUCUCGAGCAUCUUCCCUACUACGUGGCGUGCGUGCGCGAGACCUUGCGCCUGAACCCGCCCGCGCCCAACAUCUUUCCGCGAUUCGUGACGGAGCCCGGUAUGGAUCUGUUCGGUCGAUUCGCGCCGGCAGGGACCGAGAUUUCGGGUAACCCCUGGAUCAUACAACGCGAUCAGGCCGUUUUUGGCGAGGAUGCGGACGAAUUCCGGCCAGAGCGAUGGCUGGAUGCCGAGCGUACGAAGCUCUUCAACAAGUACAUCUUGACGUUUGGUUAUGGAACCCGGGUCUGCUUAGGCCGGGAUAUCGCGAUGAUGGAAUUGUUCAAGGGGCCCUUGCAGUUCUUCCGGCACUACAAGCCCAACGUAGUUAGUGAUAAGCCCGUGCCCAAAUUCUUGAUUAAAGGCGGAGUGGGAUUCUGGCGAGACCUGUGGGUGACCAUUGAAAAGCGACCAUCGGUGCAGCCAUUGUAAAGUUGAUUAGAUGCAGCCAUUUCAUUCUCAGACGUCUUCAUUCCAAA